GGAAGAAGGUGCAAGGAAGAACUAGUAGCCAUCUUCCUGAGGUCAACUCUUCGGCGCAGGAUGCCCAGACACUGUUCUGCUGGGGGCUGCAAAUCUCGUGACAACCGUGAGACUCGUAAUGCUGGUGUCACAUUUCACAAAUUACCAAAAGAGGCCUCGCGGCGGAACAUUUGGAUCAGCAACUCACACCGUGCCGACCCCUGGGAUCCUCAGACCAACUUUGUCUACUUUUGCUCCAAACACUUCACCCCGGAGAGCUUUGAGUUGGCCAGUUGCAGUGGCAUCAGGAGACUGAGAGAGGAUGCAUUUCCCACCGUGUUUGAUUCCUCCUCUGCCACCAAAUGCAAAUGGCUGGGGAAGAUCCUGAAACAAGAAGAAAGAAAGAGUUCCAACGAGAAGUCAAGUGACAAAUGUCAAGCUGCAGAUGAAACCACCGUUCCAAGGUCAGUGGAGGCUGAGGGGACCAAUGAGGAGAUAGCAGAAUCUUCACAAGACAUCCCAGAGGGGGAGCAGCAGCAAGCGCAAGCCUCCUUGUCGCCAUCGCGCUCUGUCUCGCCUUCUCGCUACAUGCGCCGCCUGCCUCCUCGACCAGGCUUCUACCUGCCCAAGGAGCACAGCUACGCUCAGCUCUGCCCCUUGCUGUGGAGAAGGCGUUACGACCAGGCUGUGGACUACUUGGAGAAAACCCUGCGGCAGCUUCACGCGGCGAGGCGGCGAGAGAACCGGUUGAGGAACGCCUUGUUGAGGCUGCGGGAUAAGCAGCAGAAGCAGGUGCUGCUUACGUCGCGGGACUGGGAGUCCAGACCAGCUAAAGGAGGACCAGCGGAUGCAAGCAGAUGGUCUGCAGAGAAGUGUGUUUACUGCGGGAGAGGGCAGGUGCAAGGUGGGGAACACAGAAUGUCAAAAACUGAUAAAGACGUGAUGAAGACCAAAAACGCAACAUCUGAAAUGACACAUAAGCUGGAACGACCUCUGGAGGAUGUUAAGAAAGAACAUAACAGCACAAAAUCUCAUGUCCAAGUCUUUCCACAUGUGGUCCAAAGUGCAGAACCCCUGCCUGGUUUUUACGGACAGGAGGGUGAAGCAUCCAGUGAGUCGCUGUUGUGGGUCCACAGCGAAGCCGACACUCAGUUCAUAUUGGUCCCCUUACCCACUGAAGACCAGUCGCAGCACUAUCUCAAGAUAGACGAUCUUGCUGACAAGGUGUCCAGCCAAGCCAACCUGGUGUCACAACUGGGUCUUAAACAAGACUUGGGAGUGGAGAACGUUGAAGGUCUGACAGGAGCAGGAAGCUCUCAUGAGGACCCACGUGGCAGCCAGCAUCAUACCAUGGUGGACUCCCCUCUGGUGGAACUGAGUGAGGAUGUGAGGGAGAAACUGAAAGAACACCUGGAGGGCUUUCACCUGCAGCUCAGCAACGAGUUUGCCAACUGACAAGAGCCAAACGUUCUAUAAUAGAAUCCAACACUUAGAUCAAGUCCACACACACACAGGUACCUUGUUGCUUUUUGGGAAGUUUUAAAUGAUGUUCGGUGACACUGCUUUUGACUAGCAAACUUGAGAAAAAUCGAUCAUCUCCUUCACUUGUUUGCUCCGCUUUUGAGCUUGCAGGUUUUCAUGACAUCAUGAGGGAAAAACCUCCUUAAUCAUGGAAAUGAUACUGCCUCAUGUAAACGGCCAACACCUCCUAGAGGACAGCUUUGUUUAAAAAAAAAAAAAAAAAAAAACACAAUAAAAACAGGCUUUGCUGCACCUCUUAAAGCAAAGGCUGAAGGUUUUCAAACCUAAAAGUUAAGUAAGCAGGUUCACAAAAAAAAAAAGUUUAUUUGUUUUUCUCACAUUGCUGCACCCCACCCCAAAGUCUUCUGGCUGGCAUUACACUUGCAAAAGCGCUGCUCUAGAUGCUGCUAGAAGCAACAGGAUCUGGCAUUUGUUUUUGAAAAUGCUAGGGGCAUCACGAUACACUCUGCUCACGAGACGACACACGAUGUUGGAUUCAUUGGAACAAGGCGAAACAAUGUUUUAACAUUACGGUACUUUUAAGAAAACUACAAUGACAAAAUAUAGGACUGAACAAAUAGACUUGUUUUAGUUAAGUGUGUCAUAAAACGAUGCGGGUACAUUUUGAAAUGUUUAGCUUUGUAUGCAAGACCUAAGCAUGAUGCUUUUAACUGUUGAGCUUUUUUCCACAAAUUGAAACAAAAACUAAAAAUUAUAAAGGUUAAAACAUUGAUGGCAGUUGUAGCUGCUGCUGCUAAUCAUUUAUGUUGAUGUGUAGUUACAUAAAGACACAUUUGAAAUAGAUUGCACAUUGCAACUAGAGAAGCACUCGGAGAAUGCAGGCCUCCACCAAGCGCCAUAGUUCCCCCCCAUAUUGGGAUUCACACCAAAAUAAUAAUCCAAAGUAGUACCCGGUGAAAAAAAGUUAUUUUGAACACAGAAAAAACAUAACCUUUGUGCAGUGCUUGGCGGAGGUAAUGAAUUAGCUUUGUGUUUCACGCUAAAAGAGCUACUGUUCCCUUGACGCUUAGAGUGCAUUACCAGGAAGUAGUGAAUUUGCGUCUGUUUUGGACUACUUCGGACUAGGACGUGUUAUGAUAGAAGUGAUAUGCAGCGAUUGUGAUUCGACAAAUCUUAAUUAAGUUUGAUCAAAAGUGGAAUUACUACAGCGUCUGCUUGUAAAUUAGUACCCCAGCAGCUGUUAACCUCCAAUGGGGGAAAAAAAGCAGCCACGCGCCACAACCGCGUAAUAUAUAUAUAUAUAUAUAAUUUUUUUUUCAUUGUUGUUUUUUUAUAUACAAACCACACCCCCAAUAAUGAAUAGCAUUAUGGAAUAGCAUUGAUCGAAGCAGCUCCUCUGUGCAAUGUUAUCAUACUAAAACAAUCCACUUUGACCUCUUUUUAUUGGGUGUGGUGACAAAACCCUUCCCAUUUUUGAUAGUUUUGGGGUGGGUGGGUAGAUGCUUGUUUUGUAUUAGCCGCCCCCCCCUUACUUAGAUUAUAUUUGGUGACACACCCUGGACCCUAGAGGACAUCAUCUUUGAGUAAAUGCUGAACAUCUACUGCUAAAUGUUUUCUCUUAGAAUAAAUUCCUGUGGUUAAUUUAAGCCAAAACUGUAGCGCCCCCCUCACUCAUUCACAUUCACACACACACACACACACACACACACACGCCCCACUGAUGGCCUACACUCAUAAAACCAGAUAGAAGGAAUGUGGUUGCGCCUGUUUCCUUCUGUAACUCCUCCUCCUGUCCCCCCCCCCUCCUUUUUUUCUUUUUUUAUUAUUUCAAAACUCCUCUUCGCAAGGCACAAUCCAUCAUGCCACACUCUUACUAAAUCAAAUAUGCAACUAAACAAGGGUUCAGUAGCUGUUAAAACAGCUCAUAAAGUAAAAGUCCCCCCCCCCCAACUUGUACUAAAACUUUCCAGAAGUGGAAAGAAAGGAGUUGUCUGCUCCGGCCUUUGAGGAGCGUGACACUGCUUUUAAACACAAACCGAUCAACUCGUGCAGCCAAAAUCACAAUUACAGAUGUGCACAAACACACAUACGGUUGCAUGAUGUCACAUGCGAAGCCGUUUACAGCUCCUUCUUCCUGGUUUUUCCUCUUCUCUUGUCU